CUCCCUCCCGGACGCAGAGAAAAGGGCAGCGGACAGACACAAAGCCAACAGAGCUGGGACAUCACAGAAGGAGACAGGAGGCUUUGGGAAGUUUGAGGGCCAAAAGGAGGGGCGGUACGGACCGUGUGUGUGUGUGUGUGUGUGUAGGGGGGCAGUUGAUCGCCUUUCUGUCAUGGUGUCACAUGCAGACAGAGCAGGACAAAAACACAGAUGGAGAGACGUCGGCUGAGGACACGCACUUGACUUUUCUCCUCUCAACUCUCCUGUCGUCUCCUAUCAUUUCCUGCUCUUUGCUCUCAACAACCCAUUAUCCUGCUCUCCUACUAAUGUCUGAUUCUCUUUAGUCUGAUGUUCUAGUGCAGCUUGUCGGCUACAUCUUUUUUGACAACACUCAUUACUGCUUUUUCUCUGCUUUUAAUCUUUCUUCCUCUUACUUCCCUCUCACUGCUGCUGCUUCCUCCUACCUUCCUGACUAAGAAUUUUCUUUGCAACUAAUCCUUUUCUGUUUCUCAAAAAGCUUUCUCUCUCCAAUAUCUUCUCACCUCCUAUCUUUUGGAUGGAUAGCUACUCCCUCCUCUACAGUUCCUCCCACAGAACCGGACUUCUUGCCGGCUUCCAGCGCCUGCGCUCUCAGGGAAACAUGUGUGAUGUCGUCCUGGAGGCCGGCGGUGUAUCCUUCCCUUGUCAUCGCGCCCUUUUGGCCAGCUCCAGCGAGUAUUUUUGGGCUCUGUUUGGAGAGACUACCGCUGAGAGAUUAGCGGGCUGCAUUAGCCUCCCCGCGCUAACACCUGAGGGUUUAGACGCCAUUCUGGACUUCCUGUACUCUGGCUGGCUCAGCGUAUCGCCGUUAACACUUCCUGUCGUCCUUGAGGCAGCCAGGUACUUGCAGGUGGAGACGGCUGUGUCAAUAUGCGAGCGCUUCAUGAUUGAUGGUUUAAGCGUUGAGAAUUGCUGUUGCUAUGCUAACCUGGCCGAACACCAUGUUCUCUCAGAUGCACUUGAAGCUGCCAAUCAAACCAUCGCUAUGGAGAUGGAGACGUUGCUGCAGGAAAGCAGGGAUGACCUUCUCAAGCUGAAUAUGCAGUCAUUGAUGGCGGUGCUCGACGCUGAUGAGAUACCUGGUGUCAAGGAGGUGGAGCUCAUAAAGCUGGCUCUGGAUUGGCUGGAUGACAACGGACCCCUCCCUCUGCUAAAAUCAAAUCUCCUGCUGAGUCGUCUGCGCUUUGGAUUGGUUGCCCCCUCUGAGCUCCCCAAUCUUAGCCAUGCCCACAAAGCCAUGGCCACACCUCUAAUCAGAGGUCAGUUGACUCAGGCAUUGGAGUACCACAGACUGGGUUCAGCUCAGCCAAUCAGACAGAGCAAACAGUCGACACUCAGAGCGUCGCCCAAUCGUGUGCUGCUUGUAGGUGGAGGGUCCAGUCCUGAUUGGCCAGAACAGAAAAUGGUGAUGUUUGAUCCCAGAGGCAGGAAGUUCUCACCUCUGUGCUCCAGCAUCCCGCUGCGGCUGAGAAAUCACUGCGUGUGCUCAGUGGGGGGUUUCCUCUUCGUGAUCGGAGGAGAGGAAGUGAAAGAGGGGGAGGAGGAUGGCAAAAAGUCUGUCACCGUGGUGACAUCCAACCAGGUGUGGCGCUACGAUCCUCGCUUCGAAUGCUGGGUAGCGGUAGAGUCCAUGCUGGAGAGGCGGGCGCAGUUCACCUGCUGCGUAGUAGAGGAUGCUAUUUAUGCCAUCGGGGGACGACACACACAACCAGACGGCAACACACACACCUCCGUAUCUUCUGUUGAGUUUUACGACAUGGCCACAGGAGCGUGGAGGAGAGGAGCAAACAUGCCUCGCCCCCUUUACGGCCACGCUUCUGCUGUGCUUGACAACAACAUCUACGUGUCAGGUGGCAACCAGGGCGGCAGUAACCAUGGCGAUAACCGGGAUGACCACAGAGAGAGCAGCAAAGAAGUCCUGUUCUGGGACCUCAAAGGCAGAGCCUGGGAGAAGCGAGCGCCCAUGUCCAUCGCCAGGUUCAAUCACCGCCUGGCAGUCGCCCAUGGCCACAUCUACGCCUUGUUGGGAAUGUACGAGCCUUUCUGCGAUAUUGAACGAUACGAUCCGCAGUCAGAUGACUGGACCCGUCUUCGACCACUCCUCACUGGCUCCUUUAACUAUGGAAUGGUGUCAGCGCCAUCUGGGAAUCUGCUGGUGUUCGGAGGGAGGAGAUGGAGUGAAGGACAGGAGGUGAUAGUGAAGAGUGUGUUGGAGUACGAUACAAAAAAAGAUCACUGGAGAGAGAUCUGUCAGCUCCCCAGACCUCUCACUGGCACUGAGUGCACACUGCUGCCUUUACCAGACUAACGUGCACAUAGUGUGAGAACAGUUUAACAUGAAAGUGAGACAGUUUCUCUCAGAGGUGCAACAGAGUCUCAAAAUUCUGAGAAAAGAGCACACGCGCAUUUUAAGCAACUAAAACUAUUGGGUUCAGCCAUCUAGGCCCAUCUCAUCAUUGGAGAACAGGUGUGCAUGACUCCAAGACAUUUAGGAAAAUAUGUUAAGUAAGAUUUUCUUAACUUCCUCUAUUACUACUGAAACAAACAGUUUAGAAAUACACUAACACUUUUCUUGCUGAGAAUUAGAUAAGAACAUUGAUACCAAUCUAAUAUAGGUCUGUUAAAUAUGAAACUAAUACCGGGAGGUGGUUAGCUUAGCAUCAUAUUUACACCUUGGUUUUUGUAUGAUUAUAGGUAUCGCAUAUAAUAUGUUUAUUAGUAAGCUUUACAGGUGCUUGUAGGCAGAACUGUUGCCUCUGGAAAAGGCUAGCUAGGCUAGCCAUUUCCCUUAUUCCCUUAUUCCUACCAGUCUUUAUGCUAAGCUAAUACUAAUACCAGUAGCCUACUGCCAUAUAUAGAUGUGGUUAUACAUUUUGGGAAAUAUAUUUUCUGCUGGAUGAGAAGAUUGUUGUGAGUCUCAUAUCUGUCUGCCAAAUAUGAAGCUAGAAUGAGGAGACAGUUUGUCCUUAGCAUGCGGCGCAGUGUCCACCAUAGCAUUUUUCUGGGGGCUACCUUAUUCUUUUUAAUACUUUGCAAUGGCAGUGUACUGAUGCUAUGCUACAAAUCAGCGUGACAAGGUGCUGAGCGUCUAUUCUGAGCUGAGUGCUGCAUGAUUGCCUUUUUUUUUGAGUGCCAAAGGUGAAAACUGUUCCACUUUGAUUAAAACACUGCGCUCAUCAUUGUCACAUUUUACUGCAAUCACAGUAGAGGAGGGGCAAGACAAAUAGCCUACCACAAAGACCAGCCGUCACAUCUUACAUGCCCAAGUGCUGAGGAACAACAGAAAUGGAGGGGAAAUAUGUUGAAAUACUGCAUACCGUAAAACUUCAAUUAAUAGCCCGGGCUAUUAUUUGCUUAAAUCACUAAAAUCAGCAGGCCUAUAUUUGGGACAUCUAUAUGGGACAGGCCUUUAACUUCUUUCACACAAAACUGUUGCUCAGCAAAGAUUGGUAAAUACAAUCUAAUUGUUUACUCAAACUAGUAUGAAUAUAACGUAUGAAAUUAAGGCUUCAGAUAAAACUUCAAUCAAAAGCCUAGUCUCAUUUACUAGCUUGGUGUAGCUACACAUUUUGACAAAUAAAGGCCUGGCUCAAAUAGACGCCCAGUUUGGUUGCCAAGCCGUUUAUUUCUAUAGAAGUUCUUUGGAUGGUGGCUAACUACUUGAGCUAACCUUAGUUAGCCGUUUAGAAAAAUAUACAAAUGUAAAUGCUUAAACUAUUGUCAAUAUGGAGAUGCUACACACUGCUAGCUUGGUUCAUUUAAAUGUACUGAAACUAUGAGCACCAGAGACGACCACACUUCAUUCAGAUAUACCGACAUGAUGAAAAAAACAACAACUGGUGACUUCCUUCUUCUAAAGUUGUCGUAAAGUCAGAAUAUGUGUUCAGUCCUGGAUUACCCACCAAGUUAUUUAUAUUCCUUUAGUCCAUAAGGGUCCACCAAUCAGCAGAAUAAAAAGUGUUUUUCAUCAAAAUUAAUCCAAGUUAUGAAUGUUGUACCAGUACUAUUCAUACUGGUUCAAAUAAACAAUUUGGUUGAAUUUCCCACAGUUUUGUGUAAAAAGAAUUAAAGGUCUGUCCCAUAUAGACACCUGUCCCUAAUAUAGGCCUGUUGAGUUUGGUGAUUUAAAUAAAUAAUAGCCCGGGCUACUAAUUGAAGUUUUACUGUAUACAUUAAUAGUGUUUCCUCUGAUGAAUCCACAUAUACCAGCGGGUCCAUCCUCUCUCCCUACAUGUUUCAGCCCUCCCUUCAUCCAGAGCAAGUGCUACCUUGUGCCGACAUUUUCACUUUCACUUUUUUAGCUAACAGAAAGUGAAUAAGCGUAUAGUUCCCAAAAUGUUUUAUUUAAAAAAUACAUGUCAAGCAUAUAAAAUAACACAAGUUAAAAGGUGCAUUUCAUUGUAGCCUAUUUUUGUUUUAGUUUUUCGAGUGCAUUUCUGCGUCUGAUUACUCACUGAUGUGACAGAUUGUAGGAAAAGACUGACAAAAAAAGGGAUGCAGUUUAACUCUCAGUCUUUUUAUCAUCUAUAAUUAUAUAUUUCAUCAUCUAUAAUUUCAAGUAUUUAGUGGAUCCAGUUAUUAAGGGCUAAUUACAAGCAACCACCACUGAGAAGUGAUAAACAUGGUGUUCUGUUAGUGAUAUUCCUGUGACCAGAUGUGCCAGUGUUCUAAGAGGAGAAAUAAAACAAGAGCUAAGGAGGAAGAUAAAGGGGAUUUUGAGAACAAUAGCGAGGAGGUAAAGAGAUUUAGUGGGACGAAGGUAAUUCCUGAACAAAUGAGUUUUCAGGAAGAGGUUGAGCCAGGCUGUGGAGGCAGAGGCUAUCGCACAUAAGAGGGAAUAGAGAAGAUGUCAAAACAGGAGAUAGCUGGUGAAGGUGGAGGAGGACAUCUUUGAAAUAUAACAGCAAAGCUAAGCUGAGUAUUUUAUGUAAGAUGAAAGUGCGACGCAUGUGACAUUCCUGUUUAUUUACUAGUGAUACAUAAUUUAAGUUAUCUAUGAGACAGAUAUAGAAAUAAAAGCAAAGCAAGGAUAUGGAGUGACCUUUUUUCGGUCUUGUUUUCCAUCUGCACUGGCAACCAAAUGGACAAAGAAGCUUAAAGCUGCAGAGCAGAAAAAGCAAUAGCAGGAAAUCAUAUGCAUGAUUUGUGGGUAGUAGCUAGGUAACCUGCUGGAGUUCAUUAUUCAUGGACCUCAGUUCUCACUUCCAUUUAAACCUAAAUGCUUACUGUCUGCAUAAACAUUAUUUAUUUAACAUGUUUUAUCAUGUUUGAAGGUAAUACUGAAUUCAAAAUUAAUUUGGUUUUCUCAGUAUAUACCCUAGUGAUUACUUUCGAUAAAUCGUGUUUAAAAAAGUUUGCUCAAAUGUACACUGGUACAAACUUCCAAAACAUUUUAAAUUACUUUAAUAGGCAAUUUAAAUAUUUAAUACAAAUCAUGGUGUGUUGACUUUUUAGACGCCUAUUAUUGUCAAACCAUUGCUUGGGUUUAAUGUAGGGUUUUUUUUGCACCAUUGUGCAACUAAGUAUUCCAAUUGGUAAUAAACAUGAAGUUGUGAAUUUGUAUUAAUAUAUUUUUUAUGGAUUCUGAUAAAUCAAAUAAACUGUAUAACAAGAUAACAAAAAAUCUGAAAACAGCCAUUCAUUUAUUCAAUAACUAUUAA